AUGGUAGAGUCCCCCUCCUUUCCCUUCCCUCUCUUCCUGUUCUUACGUCUGACUCUCUUCCCUCCUCCAGCAUACGCCAUCUCUCCCGAAGAAGCAUACCUCGAGGCGUUGAUCGCAGCUCGAAAUGUCCCACGCGCCCUUCCAAACUCUCCCAAUGGGUACACCCCGACUUUCCUCGACUGUCCUGCCGACCUGCCCUCGGUCAGGAGUGCCGCAGAGCUGUCGCCUAACGAGACGUCAUGGCUAGCCACAAGGAGGAACAACACCAUCCAACCCAUGCGCACCUUCUUGGAUCGUUUGAACAUCCCCGACUUUGACGCUGCUUCAUACAUUGACUCGGUCGCCAAUAAUGCUUCUGCCUUGCCUAAUAUUGGUAUUGCCGUCUCGGGUGGUGGCUGGCGCGCCCUUCUGAAUGGUGCAGGCGUUCUAAAGGCUUUCGAUUCUCGCACCGAAAACACUACUGGCAGUGGUCAGCUUGGAGGACUCUUGCAGUCGGCUACCUAUCUUUCUGGCCUCAGUGGUGGUGGCUGGCUCGUGGGUUCCAUCUUUGUCAAUAAUUUCACCACAGUCGAAGCCCUCCAGGCCGACGAUACAGGUUCCGUCUGGGAGUUUGGGAACUCGGUCCUGAGUGGGCCUAGCACCCGAGGGAUCCAGGUUCUAAAUACUGCCCAAUAUUACAGCAGUCUGGCCAGCGACGUAAGAGGAAAGGACCGCGCCGGAUUUGAUACCAGCUUGACUGAUAUCUGGGGUCGAGCGCUCUCCUUCCAAUUGAUCAACGCUACAGACGGCGGCCCAGCGUAUACCUGGUCCUCUAUUGCAUUGACGGAAGCUUUCCAGAACGGCGAUACCCCAUUUCCCAUCAUCAUUGCCGACGCUCGCGCUCCCGGCGAGACCCUGAUACCGGGCAACACUACCGUGUACGAGUUCAAUGCAUUUGAAAUGGGUUCCUGGGACCCGACAUCCUAUGGCUUCAUUCCCACACAGUAUCUCGGCACCAAUUUCACUGCCGGUGACAUUGUCGAUGAUGAUCGCUGCGUGGUGGGAUUCGACAAUGCUGGCUAUAUCAUGGGUACCUCAUCCUCGCUCUUCAAUCAAUUCCUCCUCAACCUCAAUGGUACAGACAUUCCUGAAUCUCUCAGGAACAUCCUCGCCGAAUUCCUCACGUCCCUCAGUGCCGACAACAAUGACAUUGCUGAUUAUACCCCCAAUCCCUUCUAUCGCUACAACCCCGCCACCAAUCCAUCGGCCAAUUCCACCCGCCUGACCUUGGUUGAUGGGGGCGAAGACUUGCAAAACAUUCCCCUGCAUCCACUGAUCCAACCCAACCGCAAUGUCGAUGUCAUUUUUGCCAUUGACUCGUCUGCCGAUACCAUUUACAAUUGGCCCAACGCCACCGCUCUGGUGGCCACCUAUCAACGUUCCUUGGCCGAUGUCGCCAAUGGAACCGCCUUCCCCAGCAUCCCCGACCAAAACACCAUUGUGAAUCUCGGAUUGAAUACUCACCCGACCUUUUUUGGAUGCAACACCAGCAACAUUACCAACGGUGCCCUUGUCCCUUUGGUCGUCUACAUUCCCAAUUCACCUUAUGUCACAUUCAGCAACAUGUCCACCUUUUCCCUCGAGACAAACAACACCUAUCGAGACGCCAUCAUUCUCAACGGCAUGAAUGUGGCUACGAUGGCCAACGGCACGGUCGACGACACCUGGGCCACAUGCGUCGGCUGUGCAAUUCUGAGUCGUAGCCUUGAACGAACCGACACCCAGGUUCCCGAGGCGUGCACUCAAUGUUUCAACCGCUUCUGCUGGAAUGGAACUCUCGACAGCAGUGAACCUCCACCAUACGAGCCAGUCCCGGUCUCUGGAGAGAUCAACAUCGAAAACCGUGCCACCACACUGUCUGUGGGCUGGGCAGCCGCGGCUGUCGCGGCUGCUGUCGCGAUUUCUUCGAUUUAG